UGGUAAAGUGCAAAUGGUAACGGGAGACUGUAGCAGCAUUUAAAUGAACUGAAUGCGAACGAUCAUGAGUCAGAGCAGAGCUGGGCAGUGUUUUGGGUAUAAAUAUGCGCCUCCAAGAGCAGUUGGAUAUCAAACAGUUUCUAGCCUUCCGAAGAAGCAAACAAAGAAAUAUAUCCAACAUGUUCAAAUUCGCCGUUGUUGUCCUCGCUCUUGUUGCCUGCGUAGCUGCCAAACCAGGACUCAUUGGUGCUCCUCUGGCCUACACUUCCCCGCUGGCUUAUACCGCUCCUCUGGCCUACACUGCUCCAGCUGCAGUAGUGGCUGCUCCUGCUCCAGUCGUGACCGCCACCAGUAGCCAGGUGAUCGCCAGGAACUACAAUGGAAUCGCUGCUGCUCCAGUCAUUGCUCCCGUGGCUGCUCCAGUAGUUGCCAAAUACGCAGCAGCUCCUCUGGCUGCUCCUUUGGCCUAUUCUUCCCCUCUGGCUUACUCGGCACCACUUAGCUACGCCGCUGCUCCCGCACCACUCCUCAUCUGAACUUCUAAACUGUGAUCACUUAGGACAAUAAAAAUUUAGAAAGAA